CAGAUUUCUAUCCACUCAGAUGACGCAAGUCGGAAACAGAGAUGCAGGGAGAAGAUGGAGGAGCUGAAGAAUACACAAUUCUCAAGUGCAGAAGAUGCAGCUUCACCACUACCGCAUAAGGAACUUGUUGGAGAGAAAAAUAUUGUGAUUUUUGAGCUUUAUGAUGCUGUUGAAAAGGGGGAUGUGGUUAACUUUGUUGAUGUAUUGGGGAAAGAAUGUGCAGCAAGGAAGGUGCCUUUGUCUGAUAUUUUUGAUCAGGUAACAGGAGCAGGUGAUUCACUGCUUCACGUGGCCGCAGAUUUUAGGAGUGAACAGAUUGCAGAGUUGAUUUCUUGUCACUUUCCGGAGCUUCUUACUAGAAGAAAUGUGACAGGUGAUACUCCACUUCAUGUUGCUGUGAGGUCCAAGAACUCCUCUAUAGUCAAGCUUAUUCUGUCUCAGUAUGCCAUAGAGAAGUCAAAACACGAUGGUUUGAAGGAUAAGGAGAUAACAAGAGAAACAAAUGAGUAUGGGAAUACUCCUUUACAUGAAGCUGUCUAUAGUGACCAUUUUGGUGUGGUUGAAGAGAUUUUACAUGCAGAUGAGCCUGUUGCACAUUAUCUGACCAAGUCCAGGUCUUCGCCACUGUUCUUGUCAGUCAUGAGUUCAGAUGUGAAAAUUUUGGAUCUGCUGUUACAAAUUCCCUUUCCUGCUGAUCAACCACUUCCACAGUGUUUCGGAAACUCUCCACUCCAUGCAGCCCUUCGAGAAAGGAAUCCUGAUCUAAUAAGAGAGAUAUUAGGGAAAAGAGAGGAGCUAAUUUACUUUGAGAGAUGAAGAGGGGGGUACUCCCUUUCAU